UGGGGGACGGUCUGGUUCUUUCUCACUUACUUUCCUUCCCUUAUUCAUUUCUCUUUUUUUACUUUCAACCGGCACCAACCAUAUUUUUCCCCCACUUGCUUCCCCCUCUUUCUCUUGCACUUUUGUGACCAAACUUCGUACUAUACUAGUCCAUGAAGCAACAGUAAUGUGGACGGCGGUGCCUUUUGAGCUGUGAGAGUAGGCGCGGCUUGAUCUUUCGAGUAACUCAAGAGUACAGAACAGCGACAAGUUUUGCUCAGUCGAGAUCAGAAAGUCGAAUACGAAAGAGUAACAAGAAAUAGAAGAAGCAUAAAAGCAUUUUUUAAUUUAUUUAUGAAUACGACUCGUUUAUCAUACUUUUUCCGCUUAAGUCUUAAUUUAGUUAAAUAUCAACAAGAAUAAUGUAAACGUAUAUAAACAGAGUGAUAGAUAGAAAAAUUAUGAAAAAAAUAUUUCAUAUUUUCAUGAUAUUACAUACAAAUUAUUUGUUGUGAACUAUGACAGUAGCAAUUCGACAGUGUUUAGUGAUAAAAACUGGUUACGUGAUACAGAAGUAGCUACAAUCAACAGUUACGUAUCUGUUAAAGAAAAAUCAUCUACUAAAAUCUUAGUGAAAAUCGGCUCAAUUGUGUGAAAUGACGGUUACCUCAGUUACGUCAAACUAUUCCAUGAUGCGACCUUGUUUUUCUACGUAUCCUUUCCAAGAUUUAAACUCGAUUCCUGGACAAGGUCGUGUUAACCAGUUAGGAGGUGUCUUUAUCAAUGGACGACCAUUACCGAAUCAUAUUCGUUUGAAAAUUGUUGAAAUGGCAGCUCAAGGUGUACGACCUUGUGUGAUAUCAAGAAAUCUGAGAGUGUCACAUGGCUGUGUUUCAAAGAUCCUAAAUCGUUACCAAGAAACUGGAAGUAUAAGACCUGGUGUUAUAGGUGGCAGCAAACCCCGCGUAGCCACACCGGAAGUUGAAUCAAAAAUUGAGAGUUACAAGCGUGAUAAUCCAAGCAUCUUUUCUUGGGAGGUGAGAGAUCGACUGAUAAAAGAGGGUAUCUGCGACAGAACGACAGCCCCAAGUGUUUCUGCCAUUUCUCGCCUUAUCAGAGAUCGUGAUCCCGAAGAUGCCAAACUUAACGAUGGGAAAGCAAGUUCUGGUUCUGACUGCGAAAGUGAACCAGGGAUUCAGUUGAAACGUAAACAACGUCGUAGCCGUACAACUUUUACUGCUCAGCAAUUGGAUGAACUAGAGCGGGCCUUUGAACGUACACAGUACCCAGAUAUUUAUACUCGUGAGGAAUUAGCACAACGUACAAAACUGACUGAAGCACGCAUUCAAGUUUGGUUUAGUAAUCGACGGGCUCGCUUGCGGAAACAAUCUGCUUCAAGUACUAAUUAUAUCAGUUCAUCAGUACCUUAUUCUGCUGCAGCAGCUGCAGCAGCGGCUGCGGCAGCCGCGUAUUCACACAUGCAUGCAACAGUUACGACAAAUCACCCACCUAUACCAUCAGCAUCGACUGCUAGUACAGUGUUACAAUCAGCAUCAAACUCUCAGAUUAUGACGGAUACGGCGCCUUUUUCACCCGCACAAGAUCUUUAUCCUUCGCAACAUAGUUCGAUGUCUCAUCAAGUUGCGUCUGAUGCGGUUCGCUUACCAGUAAGCCUUAUAAGUUCUGCUUCUACUUACACUCUUAGCAGUUCUAUGAGUUACGCAAAUUCACUGUUAGCUAUACCUUCCACAUCUUCUCAUCAGUUGGUUUCAUCAACUGUUUCGAGCAUGUCUUCAGCAAGUUUUCACAACUCACAAUUGCAACAUCAGCAACAAAGCAUUUCAACGCAUCAGUUACCACCAACACCGAAUUCACUAAUUACAAUUAUAGGGCCAAAUUCUGGUAGCUCUCACUCUCCUUCUGAUCAUUUAACGAAUGCAGAAGUUUCUGCGGGUUCAAUAUCACCAAGUCAACAUUCCCUUCACCAGCAACAACUUAACGUGACUCCAUCAACUUGGAGUUCGUUGCCAAUUGGAUGUGAAGUAAACAGCAGCAGUUCAAGAAUGACUAAUCUUCCAAGUCCAAACGCUGGCCCUUCAAGCAUUACUGGUGGACUUCCGCAAGCUGCUCCUCAUUUGCAUUCGUCACACCCUCAUCAUCAAACUUUUAAUGGGCACUACAAUCAGAAUUUUCAACAAUCAAGAACAACACACCAUCAGUUAUUUUACAACUGGUACAAUUAAUCAUGUAAGAUUUAAUUGUGCAGUGAUAAAAAACAACAAAUAUUGACUUUUAUUUUUAUUU